AUGGCUUCUUCUCUCAAGGUUGAUGGUCUCCUUGGAUUGAUUACGAUUCGCCUCAAUGAUGAUAACUUCAUGAAGUGGCGGUAUCAAAUUGAAUCAGUUCUUGAAGGACAUGAGCUCUUUGGUCACUUCGAUGGCUCCGUUGUUCCUCCUCCCAAAUUUGCCUUUGUAGAUGAAGAAGUAGCCACUUCUGAGGUUACGGCUGCCUACAAGAACUGGCUUAAGCUUGACAAAGCGCUUCUCAGUCUCCUAAUUGCAACUCUGUCUGAUGACGCGAUCGAGUACGUUAUCGGAAGCAAAACCGCUCGUGAUGCUUGGCUCAGUCUUACCGAUCGAUAUGCUACUGUCUCUCGAGCUCGUCUCAAUUUUCUCAAAACAGAGCUUCAGACUGCACAGAAAGGGGCAGAUUCCAUUGAAAAGUUUCUGCUUCGUCUUAAGCAUGUGCGUGAUCAGCUUGCACUUGCUGGUGUGUCCAUUUCUGAUGAUGACCUUAUGAUUUCAGUCUUGAACGGUUUACCUUCCGAUUAUGAUAUGAUUCGAACUGUGCUUGUUGCUCGUGAGACACCUAUUUCUCUCAAGGAUUUUCGUACGCAGCUCCUUGCUGCUGAACAGGCUGCUGAGUCACGUCCUUCCUCUCUUAUUUCUCCUAUGACGGCAAUGAUUGGCCAUAGUUCAUCGAUGUCUCCAACUCCAGGGGCUGGUAUUCUUCCUACACCGCCUUCUGUUUCUACUCCCUCCGGUUUUCAGGCUACCUCUUCUCCAGCCUAUGGGCCUUCUUCUCAGAAUUUUGGUCGUGGGAGGUUUCCUAAUCAUCGUCCUACCAAUCGUGGUGGUUAUUUUGCUCCGAGGCCAUCCGGUGGUUUUCCUAGGUCUGGUAUCACACCUGAAUGUCAAAUCUGCUCUAAGCGUGGUCAUACUGCUGUGAAUUGCUUUUAUCGCAACCCUUCCUCUACAUCAUCUCCUUCCUCUUCUGUGGUGGAGUGCCAGAUUUGUGGCAAACGUGGCCAUGGUGCUCUUGAUUGUUAUCAUCGCUCAAAUUAUGUCUAUCAAGGCUCUCCUCCACCACCUACUCUCAAUGCUAUGACUGCUCAAGUCUCCUAUGCUCCUGAGACUCUGUGGAUUGCAGACAGUGGUGCUAGCCAUCAUAUGGUGUCCAAUGUCAAUACUUUGGAGUCUGCUCAGCCUUGUGCUUCUGAGAAUAGAGUAACAGUUGGCAAUGGGGAAGGUUUGCCUGUUGCUCAUAUUGGUCAUGCCUCCGUUUCUAGUUCCUCUUCUGUUUUACACAUGUCUAAUGUGUUCCAUGUCCCUAAACUCACUGCUAAUUUGAUGUCUGUGCAUCAGCUUUGUAAGGAGAACAAUUGCUCUAUGAUAUUUGAUCAGUUUGGGUUUUCUAUACAGGACAAGGUCACCAAACAGGUGCUGCUCACAGGGAGGAGUCAUAGUGGCCUCUAUCUGAUUCCUGGUGUGGCUGCUUUCUCCUUACCUCCUAAUAAAGCUGCUUCUCAUGAAGUGGCUUAUCUUGGACAACAGGUCAAGUUCUCCUUGUGGCACAGUAGGUUAGGACAUCCUACUAAUGAAGUGGUUCAUAGUAUGCUUAAGUCUGCUAGCUUACCUCACAUAGUCGAUUCUCACCCUCACAUUUGCCAAUAUUGUUUGAGUGGCAAAAUGCAUAGUUUACCAUUUCCUACUCAUCAUAAUAAAGCUGUAACUCCCUUUCAUCGGAUUCAUAGCGAUGUAUGGGGACCAUCCCCUUGUAAAUCUUUUCAAGGAUAUCGAUACAUUGUUACGUUCAUUGAUGAGUUCACUGGUUUCUCUUGGAUCUAUCCAAUGUUUGCAAAAUCAGAGGUGUUCUCUCACUUUCUGAAGUUUUAUGCUUUUGUGGUGAAUCAAUUCUCAGCAGUUAUUAAGUACUUUCAGAGUGAUGGGGGUGGUGAAUAUGUUAGCAAUCGAUUUCAUGAGUUUCUCAGUUCCAAAGGCAUCGUGCAUCAGUUUUCUUGUCCUUACAAACCUCAACAAAAUGGUUUAGCCGAAAGAAAGAACAGACAUCUGGUUGAGACUGCAAUUACCUUAUUGUCAGAGGCUUCUCUUCCUCAACACUUUUGGUUUCAUGCUAUAUCUCACUCUAUAUAUCUUAUCAAUCGCAUGCCUAGCAAAGUUCUUGAUCACAAGUCUCCUUAUUUUCGGUUAUUUCAUCAACACCCAGAUAUUCAACAUUUACGGAUUUUUGGUACUGCUGUGUAUCCCUGUUUCAGAUCCAUCAAUCAAAACAAGCUUCAGGCUCGAACUACAUUAUGUGUUUUUCUAGGCUACCUCAUGGGAUACAAAGGCAUUCUUUGUUUCAAUAUGUCUACUGCCAAGUUGCUUGUGUCUCGGGAUGUUGUUCAUGAUGAAGGCAUGUUUCCUUUUAAACAAGGCGUCCCUGUUUUAGGCUCAUCUUCAUCUUCGGUUGCAUCAACCUCUAGUGCACCCAUCUCUGUUGUUUUACCUAUCCUAUCUCAUGCAGAUGUUCCUCCUCCGUUAUCUGAUCCUCCAGCCAUUCCUCCUAUUCCUAUUGCCUCUGUGUCUUCUCCCUUAGGCCCAAGAACAUCACACUUCUCUUCUCCAUCUGUUGUUCAUGAUCAAGAGCCAAUUCCCACUGUUCUGCCAGCUCUUACUCAUCAACAAUUGGAUGUGUUGUUUCCUAGUCUUGAUUCCUCUAGUGCUUCAGAUAUCUCUCCUACUAAUCACCAUUCUAUGCAAACCAGAUCAAAGUCUGGUGUCACUAAAAGAAAAGAUUUUACAGAUUAUGAGUGUUAUCACACUAGUUUACUUGCUCUGCCUGAACUGGAUGAACCAUCUAGUUAUAGAGUUGCUCGGUAUUCUCCUGAGUGGGUCACUGCUAUGCAAGAGGAAAUCUCAGCUUUAAAUACCCAGGGUACUUGGACACUGGUUCCUCCUCCUCCUGGUGUGAAUAUAGUUGGUAGCAAGUGGAUUUACAAGGUGAAAAGAAAUUCAUAUGGAAAUGUGUCUAGGUACAAAGCUCGGCUAGUGGCUCAAGGCUUUAGUCAAACUCAGGGAUUCGAUUAUUCAGAAACCUUCAGCCCUGUUGUUAGACACACGACUGUACGGCUUAUUCUUAGCUUAGCUGCUAUGCAUGGUUGGCAAUUAAGACAAUUGGAUGUAAAGAACGCAUUUUUACAUGGAGAUCUUGAGGAAGAAGUCUAUAUGAAGCAACCUCAAGGUUUCGAGGAUUCCACCCAUCCUCAAUAUGUUUGCAAGUUACGCAAAUCUCUUUAUGGCUUAAAGCAAGCCCCUAGGGCAUGGAAUGCCAAAUUCACAGGAUACCUACCUGCCAUUGGUUUCACAGCUUCUCAGUCUGAUCCUAGCCUGUUUGUUAAGAAAGAAGGUUCUGAAAUAGUUAUUCUUUUGUUAUACGUGGAUGAUAUUAUCCUUACGGGUUCCAGUACAAGUCUUGUUCAAACUACAAUUGAGGAGUUAAGUUCUGUAUUUGAAAUGAAAGACAUGGGGCAGUUAACAUAUUUCUUGGGCUUACAAAUCUCUUAUCUGAGUACAGGUUCAAUUUUUGUUAGUCAGCAAAAGUAUGCAAAGGAGCUACUCGCAAAGGCUGGUAUGACAACUUGUAAAGCUUGUUCCACACCUUGUAAGCCUUAUACACAAGUUCUUCAGACUGAAGGUGAACCAUUGAACGAUCCAUCUUUAUAUCGUAGCAUUGUUGGCGCUCUUCAGUAUCUGACUUUUACAAGGCCAGACUUAGCAUAUUCUGUGAAUACUGUUUGCCAAUAUAUGACAAAUCCUUCUGAGACUCAUUUCUUGUUGGUUAAACGCAUCUUGAGGUAUAUACAAGGUACUAUGGCAUAUGGUAUUACCUUCUCUCCUGGUGAUAUGCACCUUCAUGCUUACAGUGAUGCAGACUGGGCAGGAGAUCCAUCUACUCGCAGAUCUACAACAGGCUUUGUAGUUUUCAUUGGUUCAAAUCCAGUGUCUUGGCAAUCUAAGAAGCAAGGGUCAGUUUCCCGGAGCUCUACGGAAGCCGAGUAUAGGGCUCUUGCCAAUACAGCUGCUGAUAUUGCUUGGGUUCGACAAGUCUUGGCUGAUUUACAUGAGUAUCUUCCUGAGCCUCCAUUACUUUUCUGUGACAACCUUUCUGCCUUAGCUCUCAGUUCAAAUCCUGUGCAACAUUCUCGGAUAAAACAUUUGGAUAUAGACUUUCACUAG